AAUAGUUACCAGAGGAGCAACUCAGUGCUUCAUCUGUCAGACAGUGAUCAACUUAUUGGACUUGGUAAGGUGGAGGGAUUCAAAUGUGGGCCAAAGAAUGGAGCUAUCUAGUUAUAGGAAAAUACUUAACAUUCUUGUAUAAAUAUUUCAUAAAUAAUGCGGCUUAAGGCCAUAGAAGGAGAUCAAUUUUUGUCAUGAUAAUCAAGAGUCGAUUGCUUGGAUGAAAAUUCACAAAAAUACUGAAAGGAAGAUUAAAACAUUUCUUAAAAUCUUUCUCUAGGCUUCAGUGAAUAUUUUGUAGAACGUAAUUGUUUAAAUAGUUAGAUACAGUAAGACUGGGAUAAUCGACCCCAAUUGUGAUUUGACCUUGUCCUGAGAUGUGGAUAAUCCAGAUCAAUUGUGGAUUGACCUCUUCUUGAGGCAUGGAUAAUCCAGACCAAUUGUGGAUUGACCUCUUCCUGAGGCAUGGAUAAUCCAGACUAAUUGUGGAUUGACAUUGUCCACAUUUGGUUUUUUCAAUCCCAAACAGAGAGAGAGAGAGAAAUACAUUUUGAUCAGAAUCUUCAAACACAAAAAUUUUAUAUUUCUAUUUGUUUUUUCUUGUUUUGUCUUGUCUGCUGAAGAAGGUAUUUUGCCGAAACAUCCGUGUAAUUGUCCUGUCUUUUCAUCUCAAGCCUAAAUAUAUCUUGUUUUAACUAUUUAUUUACUUUACACAUCUUGAACACAGUCACUCGUGUAUUACAAUGAACAAAUCUUGUUCCACUAUUUAUUUACAUUACAUGUCUUGAAUGCAGUCACUCAUGUAUUACCCUGAUUAUCAACAUCUGGAUUGUCCAAUCCCGUAGCAAACCUGGUUCAGUGACUUAGAUACAUCUAUCAUCAUCAAUGGCACUACAGCCCAUGUAGGGCCCUCGCCUAGAUACAUCUAGCAACACAGCUUUCAACCACUAUUUUAUUAGACAAUAGAAAGAAACAAAAGAAAAACCAAACUAGUUGAAACCUUCAGCAUCAACAUACAGCACUGUAUUACAGCUCACAGCACUGUAUUAUAGCUCACAGCACUGUAUUACAGCUCACAGCACUGUAUUAUAGCUCACAGCACUAUUACAGCUCACAGCACUGUAUUAUAGCUCACAGCACUAUUACAGCUCACAGCACUGUAUUAUAGCUCACAGCACUAUUACAGCUCACAGCACUGUAUUACAGCUCACAGCACUGUAUUACAGCUCACAUUCAUUACUUCACAAAUGCCUUACGUUGUUUUUGAUUUUAAACAAGGUUUGUAAAUAAUUUUUAAGGCUGACAGCCCUGUCAACACUCUGUCUAUCAACAUGGUGUCAACACUCUGUCUAUCAACAUGGUGUCAACACUCUGUCUAUCAACAUGGUGUCAACACUCUGUCUAUCAACAUGGUGUCAACACUCCGUCUAUCAACAUGGUGUCAACACUCUGUCUAUCAACAUUGUGUCAACACUCUGUAUAUCAACAUGGUGUCAACACUCUGACUAUCAACAUGGUGUCAACACUCCGUCUAUCAACAUGGUGUCAACACUCUGUAUAUCAACAUAUGUUUACUCUCAUGGCGGCAUCCAUCAAAGUAUUUUGGGGACUUUUUGUAGUCAUGUUUAGAGAUAACAGUACAUUCACUUUAAAUUGUGUUGCUAUUAUCGCGAGAUAACAGUACAUUCACUUUAAAUUGUAUUGCUAUUAUCGCUCUGAAAAUUAAUUUUUCUGUUAUGUGAUCCAGAUUUUGUAUGUUCUGUAUUUCAGACAUCCUGAUUAUCACCAUCUUACAGUAAAUUCAAAAUCACAUUAAUUCUAAACUUGGUCCACUUCAAGCUUAAAAUAUUAUAGCUGAAUAUUGCUAAAAGUUGUUGCUGCCAUUUCCAGGAAUCCACCAACCUCAGUGAAUUCUUUAGCACGUUAUCUGCACUCAGUAGAGAUGAAAGUUUGCGUAGAGGCACAACGUUAUGGAAAACUAUAGUUGAAUGGCUGAAAUCAACGUCAGUUACCAGCAAAUGGGAUGAUAAUCAAGUACUUGCAUUGGCUUUAGAUUAUCUUCAAGCAAAUAAGGAAGGUAAAUUCAACAACACUAAGCACAGUUAUAUCAAGCAAUUUACAACAUUAAGCACAGUCAUAUCAAGCAAUUUACAAUAUUAAGCAGUUAUAUCAAGCAAUUUACAACAUUAAACACAGUUAUAUCAAGCAAUUUACAACACUAAGCACAGUUAUAUCAAGCAAUUUACAACACUAAGCACAGUUAUAUCAAGCAAUUUACAACAUUAAACACUGUUAUAUCAUAUAUUAUAGGAGAGAAGAGCACUGUGGUUGUCGAUGGCUACAAGGUCGUGGGUUUAGCUCGAAUGCUCAUCAUGUUUGCUGAUGUUGAAGAACAGCGUGCAGAGGAAAAUUGUCUAACAGGCCAGGACUUAAUGAAAAAACUGGAGCGCUCACCUUUUGGCAAAAUGUUAGCUGAAAUAUCGGACCUGUUGAGAGACAUUAGAAACCGUGCUUACAUUAAUGUCAGCAAGGUAGAUAACUGUCUGUCACUGCUUUACAGUUUGGCCCUGGAAGCCGGGAGUGAGUUGACUCUGCUUUUCAUUUUAUUGGUUGUCCAAAUGUUUCAGACAUUUUCAUUCUGCAUGUUAUGGCUCUUAUAUAAUUUUGUUCAGAAAUGUUCAUUUAACAUGUUAUAAGCGAUAGGUAUUUUAUAAUUUUGUUCAGAAAUGUUCAUUUAACAUGUUAUAAGCGAUAGGUAUUUUAUAAUUUUGUUCAGGAAUGUUCAUUUAACAUGUUAUAAGCGAUAGGUAUUUUAUAAUUUUGUUCAGGAAUGUUCAUUUAACAUGUUAUAAGCGAUAGGUAUUUUAUAAUUUUGUUCAGAAAUGUUCAUUUAACAUGUUAUAAGCGAUAGGUAUUUUAUAAUUUUGUUCAGGAAUGUUCAUUUAACAUGUUAUGGCUGUUAUAUAAUUUUGUUCAGAUUUGAAAGCCUUCCUCAAUGCAAAAUGCAGAAACAAAUUUAUUUAAACUAUCAAUAUGUGUUUUUAUAUGGAUGAAUGUGCAGUAUGAGUUAUUCUCCACACAUGUUCAGUAUGAGUUAUCCCCCACACAAUACACCAUCGUUCUUUGAUGCUGUAAGUCAAAGUAUUUUUGUUCUUUGCAAUGUUCUCUGUUUACUUGUUCUAAUGGUUGCGAGCGCACAAUGAGAUGUUCCGAUUCCUUUCUUUCAGAACCACAAAACAGUCAAAUUGAUUUACUUUUGAAGAAAACCUUGUCAGCAGUUUUUAAAGAGGUUUCUUAUUUCAUCAAGAACAGGCUCUCUAAUGAUCUGAUCAAGG